AUGAGACGUCCUUCCCCCGGGUUACUCGCGCGCCACUCAUGGAUCUGCACUGGGUGUAGAGUCAGAGCUAGAGCCAGCUACUCCUCCGCCACGAAUCUCGGCAAAUCCAAGAACCUCCCCCAGACGCCCGCCAGGACUCGUUUUGCGCCGUCCCCUACUGGAUAUCUUCAUCUGGGUUCUUUGAGGACUGCAUUGUUCAACUAUCUCCUUGCGAAACGGACCGGAGGACAGUUUUUGUUGCGGAUUGAGGAUACAGAUCAGAAACGGACGAUCCCUGAUGCGGAACAGCGUUUAUAUGAUGAUUUACAGUGGGCUGGGCUGAAUUGGGACGAAGGUCCGACGAUUGGAGGUCCUUACGGUCCAUACAAACAGUCUGAACGAACCUCCACCUAUCGCACCCACGCCCACGACCUAGUCUCCAACGGCCAUGCCUACCGCUGCUUCUGCUCUUCAGAACGCCUCGAUUCUCUUGCCAGACACCGCAACGCGGCCGGUCUAUCUGUAGGGUACGAUAGACAAUGCGCCAACAUCUCCGCAGCUGAAUCUGAGGAGCGAGCAUCCAAAGACGAGACACAUGUGGUUCGAUUGCGGGCAAACAACUACCCCAUGUUCAACGACUUAGUCUACGGCAAGACAGGACAGAACCGCCCGAAAAGCAAACUAGAUAUGAUUGAGCGUGUGUGGGAUGAUCCGAUCUUGGUCAAGUCCGACGGACACCCGACGUACCAUCUUGCGAAUGUGGUGGAUGACCAUCUUAUGGACAUUACCCAUGUGAUCCGUGGCACGGAAUGGAUGCCCUCUACGCCUAUGCACGUCGCCUUGUAUAAUGCCUUCAACUGGACGCCUCCGAGCUUCGGACAUGUCCCCCUCCUCGUCGACAAGGAGGGACAGAAACUCAGUAAGCGGAAUGCUGAUAUCGACCUGUCAUCGUUCAAGGACAAGCAGGGUCUCUUCCCAGAGACAUUGGUGAACUUCGCUGCGCUCCUGGGUUGGUCUCAUACCCAGAAGUCGGAUGUCUUCAACCUUGAGGAAUUGGAACAAAUCUUCAAUUUAAAAAUCACCCGCGGCAACACCACCGUCGCUUUCGAAAAGCUCUGGUUCCUCCAAAAAGCGCACGCCCAACGAGCCGCCGCAACCAACAGCCCUACUUUCCAGGACAUGAUAACCCGCCUCUCCAACCUCGUUCAAGAAAAUAUACCCACCAAACAACUGAAGCCAAUUCUCCAAUCCCGCACCGUCUCCGACUACAUAACGCCAAUCCUACAUGCCGACGUAAAAUCUUACACCACGGCCUCUGAGUUCCUACAACGCAACGCAACUUUCUUCACAACAACUCUCACCAGACAACCCUACAUCCCAACAUCCGCCAACGGAAAAGAACCAAUCCCAAUGAACGCUCUGCACACCGCUGCUGCAGCGUUAUCACUUGUCCCAGACGCUCAUUGGACAGUUGAUACACACCGCGCUAAUAUCUCGUCGUAUGAUGGUUGUAAUGCUGCUCCCCCAUCCCUCGCAGAAUCAGAAUCAAGCAAGGAGGAAGCAGAAGACUCCAAGAAGGCGAGACUCGCAGCUGAUAAGCGCUUCAAGAAGGAAUUAUAUCAUUACCUCCGGUGGGCGCUGUCUGGCGGUGCCCCUGGACCGGGGAUUCCGGAGACGAUGGCGAUCUUGGGUCGUCAGGAAUCCGUCAGGAGAUUGAAUGAGGGGAAAAUGUUGACUACGGAGCCAGACGAGGGAGAGAAGGUUAAGAAAGAUGAUGGUCCUGAGAAGGAUCAGAAUAAGGCGUGGAUGGGGUCGCUUGCGCCGAGGUAGGCUCGUGUACUACUCCAUAGGUGUAUGUUUGUACAAUAGAAUAAAUAGAUCAUUGACAUGUCUACAAUCCAAGGCUUAAUUGAGACUAUUUGAUGCAGUGUAUGAGAGCAAACAAAGAAGAAUUCGAUAAAGUAAAGUACGCUGCGCUGAUAUCUAAACAAAUACGAAACAUAACAUGCCGUCCCAUUCAUACAAGGGCAAAUACUCAAACCAAUUAACCAGAAGAGCACCGUAAAGAAGAUGGAAAAAGUAAACUGAACUGUCAAAAGGCCAACCCAAACAUACAUAAGAAUAAUACAAGAAACCAGGAAAGUCCCUCUAUUAUCUGUCAGUCCCAUGCUGUUGCAAUAUAACGGCUGAGAAACAGGUAGUUCGCACACGCAGUAUUGUAUGGAGCGCGCGAUUCUGUACAAUUAGCUGAGGGACAGCAUAUGAUCGCCAAUGAGAAUUUUUUUUUUUGCCCAAGAAGAUAUAAAGAAAAGAAGCGCUUGCUUG